AUGAAGUCACAGACGAUCGACACCACUCGAACGAUUGGGGAGGCCUGGACACAAGCAACCCGUCUCUCCGCGGGUGGGCUUUUGCACGCGGCCACGCUGGGUUUCCUAAGACUGAGAAUUAUUCUGCACAACGAGAAGAGCAAGUUACAAACUUUCGAACCCGGAGGCAAGGGCCAAACACAGAAUGCGACGCAAGGGAUGGAGGAGGCCCAGGCUAUGUCACCGUCGAAUAGGGCAAGCGCCAAAGCGACAUGCGUCGUUGACAAGCUUUUGUCUAAGGUGGAACGAGAACUCCGAACGCACCUGCGUUUCUUGAAGAGCAACCAUUUCGCGGCGUUACAGUUGCCUCUCCCCAGGCGCGCUAGUUCUGAUCGUACCAGCCGGAUCGCCAGGAUAUCGGACGCCCUCGUAAAAAACAACUAUCGGCGGCUGGCACUGCAGUUCCAUCCUGGUUGGUGGUAUUUGCGUCUCCUACACUUGCCCCCCGGAUUCACGACCUUAGCUGUUCAUUACGAUAAUGACCAGGGUGAACUAUUCGCUGCGCCACGUAGGGAUUGCUGA